GCUUCCCCAGAGCCCAUUUCUCUCUCCCCUGUAUUGCCACGUGUGGGCAGUGCCUGAGAAGGGCCAGGUACAGAUGAAGUCCAGCCCCCUACCUGCUGCCACAGAUUCUCACCUGGUGGCAUCUUCUCCCUUGCAUGAGGGGUGACAGGGCAGAGCCCUGAGCUGCACUCCAGGGACAGUGCAAGGGGGUGGAAGGGUCCCUGGAGGCACAUGCUCCAAUGAGUGCGGACAGGCUGGAGCCUGACUGGCUUCUUGGACCUAAGCUUUUAGCGGGAUCAGGAAAGGGGAAGCCCUGGAUGGUCAUCCUGAGAAAGCUUCCCCAGAGGAAGAGGAGAAUGUGAAGCAGCCUUGAAACGAAGGAGAUCUCCUGAGAACCGACCUUGCUUCCAGCCUCUAGGGGACCGGCAAGCCCUGGCCGAGACCCCACCAGGUGCCCUGAGCACAGCAGGCCAACCUUCUUUCCCUUGGCCUCUGCCAGUCUUACACCAGCCUAUAUUCCUGAAUUUAUUUUCCAACGGUUCCCUUGCAGGAGCCUUUAAAAACCAACAGCCUUGAGGAUUAAAGAUGGCGGUGUGAGAGGAGAGACAGAGGCUUCCUCAUAAAACUGGAUACAAUUAGAAAAUAUAGUUGGCGCAACUAAUCCUGAGAGAGCAACAGGAAAGAGGAUGGUGCCAGACUGCAUACACCCAGAGAAAAGAGCAGGCCUCACGGAACAGCAUGCUGGCCUCCUCCAGCCGCCUCCACCGGGGUCUCCAAGUGUUUGCUAUACUGCAAUGGAUCUUCUUCUUGGGACUGGGUUUGGUGUCCUCCGACAAGGCCAGCGCAGCCUAUCUGCUGUCCCGGCCCAGAGGUGGCCAGGUGGCCGUCCUGGCAGUGGGAGGACCCCUGGAGGCGCUGGAGACAAAGCCCGGAGCGCUGAGCUUGCGUAUCCGGACUCAGAAGGGAUUUAUCAAGUUGGCGCUGGAACACGGGUGAGAAGUCCGCCCUGCUGCCUUGUGGGGAGGAGCGCUGUGCGCGCAGGGCCAGGAGUCAGGCGGCCCUGCUUCCCCAGGGCCUCCUUGGUGCCUGUCUUCUCUUUCGGGGAGAAUGAGCUCUUCCAGCAGUUCCCGAACCCACCGGGCUCGUGGGUACGGAGGGCUCAGGAAGUAAUGCCGCCGCUGCCGAGCGUGGCCCUGCCGCUGUUCCACGGCCGCCGGGGCCUCCUUCUGCCCUUCCGUACACCCAUCCACACAGUCGGUGAGCCCCGCCUUUGCCCCCGCGCUAUCCCGCAAGUCCCCCACUCUCCUAGGCUGGCCUUCGGCUGUAACCCCAGCCCUCAACUGUGUCCCCACGAUCAAUGCAGACCUGAGGGAACGGGACCGACAUCCCAGCCACCGCCCCUCUCGUCCCUGUUCUGCCCACAGUGGGGGCCCAGAUCCCGAUGCAGCGGAACCUGCGGCCCAACCGGGCGCAGGUGACGGAGCUGCACGCGGAGCCGCUCACGCAGCUGUUCGAGGAACACAAGGCGCGCUACGGUGUCCCCGAGGACAGGCACCUCCUCUUCACCUAGGCGGCUCCGGAACCCUACCCGUUCACCUCGGGGACUGUGGGUGGGGAGUGAAAUUAAA